AUGGAGAGGAACACGAGUCCUGUGCCCUCCACCAUCUUCAACGAGCUUCGCCUGGGAGGGGAGCACUGUGAUGUGACCAUGAGUGUGGAUGGUGUUGAGUUUGGUGUCCACAAGAUCAUCCUCUGCAGAUGCAGCAACUAUUUCAGGGCUUUAUUUAGCAAGAGGUGGAACAACACAGAGAAGAAAGUAUAUAAAAUCCAAGACACUUCACCUGAAAUGAUGAGGCUCAUCAUCGAGUACGCCUACACCGGGACGGUGCCGCUCACGGCCGACAACGUCCGGAACCUGCUGGUGGCUGCACACUUCUUCCGUGUCAUGGGCAUCGUCAGGCUCUGCUGCGAGUUCCUGAAGUCCCAGCUAAGCCUGGAGAACUGCAUCAGCACCUGGAGACUCACAGAUACCUACUUCUGUCCCGACCUGCGAGCAGCAGCCCACACGUUCAUCCUCCAGCACUUUGAGGAGGUGACCAAGGUGUCCACAGAGUUCGUAGAGCUCUCUGCCAGCAGCCUAGAGGACAUCAUUGGGAAGGACGAGCUCAACGUGCGACAAGAAGAUGCCGUGGUCAAGGCCAUCCUGCGAUGGAUCGCUCACAACCCGCAGAGCAGGAGGCAGCACGUUGCAGCCUUGCUGGGCAAGGUCCGACUGGCACGGAUGCCAACGGAAUACCUCCUGAACAUCAGGACACACAAUUACGUGCAGGACAACGAGGAAUGCCACAGGCUCAUCUCAAAAGCACUGACAGAAAUAUCCAAGCUCAAUAUGCUUGGUGCAGCCUAUUCUGACUCCAGCAGCCCGCUGCGUCGGCCCCGCCUGCCCCACGACGUCCUCUUCGAUCGCCUCUACGCCAUGGGGGGGUUCGACGGCCACGUGCGCCUCAACACGGCCGAACGGUACGAGCCGGAGACGAACCAGUGGACGAUGAUUCCCUCCAUGCACGAGCGGAGGAGCGACGCCAGCGCGACCACGCUGCAUGAGAAGGUGUAUAUCUGUGGUGGGUUCGACGGCAUCGAGCGCUCCAUGACCGCUGAAGUGUACAGCACCACAACAAACCAAUGGGCCUUCAUUGCCUCCAUGGGCAGCAGGAGGGGCGGAGUGGGCGUCAUCGCCUACGGCGACGAGGUGUACGUG